CCGAGGCUGCGCGAAUGUGCGCGCAGGCGAGAGUGCGCCAGAGCGUGCGGUUCGCGUUCUCCUCCCCGACCCCUCCGCCGCUGUCGCCGCCGCCGCGAUGCCGAUGAAAGGGCGCUUCCCCAUCCGCCGGACCUUGCAAUACCUGAACCAGGGCGACGUCAUAUUUAAGAGCUCGGUCAAGGUCAUGACGGUGAAUUACAACACCCACGGAGAGCUGAGCGAGGGAGCCAGGAAAUUUGUGUUUUUCAACAUUCCUCAGAUUCAGUACAAAAACCCUUGGGUGCAGAUCAUGAUGUUCAAGAACAUGACGCCAUCGCCAUUUCUCCGGUUUUAUUUGAAUUCCGGUGAACAGGUCCUGGUGGACGUGGAGGACAAGAGCAACAAAGAGAUCAUGCAGCACAUCAAAAAGAUCCUGGGGAAAACCGAGGAAGUCCUUAAGAUGGAAGAGCUAGAGAAAAAGAAGCUUUCUCACCCAGCUAAUUUUGGACCCAAAAAGUAUUGCCUGCGGGAAUGUAUUUGUGAAGUGGAAGGACAGGUCCCCUGUCCGGCUGUCAUUCCUUUGCCCAAAGAGAUGACAGGCAAGUACAAAGCUGCUCUGAAAGCCAGUGCCCAAGACUGAGGGCCCACUGUGGAGGCUUCGGAUGCCUGGGACAUCCAGGCCAGUGCUGAAAGCCACGGGGCUUAGAGAUCAAGUGAGACCAAGGCAGAGAUUCACGCAGUCUCAGCAGCUGGGAAGCUCCGAGACCUCUCCAGAGCCCAGGAAGGCCCAAGCUACUUUGUAUUCCAAAGGAGCCAUUUUGGAGACUUGGCGCAGACUAGAGGAAGAAGACAAAAAACAAGGCUGGGGGAUAGAAGUGAAAAGACUUUUUUUUCUAAUAAAACACUCUGUGUUGCUUCUAUAAA